AGAGGUCACACCUACCAUACGCAUAUCUUGCACCAGCAAACUAUCAGACUGUUGACCUGUGCAAUCGAUCUCGCCAAAACAGACCUCAAGAUGUUGCUCGACGACGUUGCCUCUCAGCUGGAUCCGAGAAGCGUCUCGCUAGCCACAAAUAUUUAUCGGCUUUUCCUGGUGUUCUUUGUGUACUGGGCUGCUGUGGCGGUCUAUCGACUCACGCUGCACCCUCUUGCCAAGUAUCCGGGCCCGAUACUAUGGGCUAUUUCACCAGUACCAAGCAUAUACUACUUACUCAUAGGGAGAAUAUCUUUUCAGUACAAGGUCCUUCAUGACAGAUAUGGACCUGUCGUCCGUGUCAUGCCAAAUGAGCUGGCUUUCAAUACCGCCCAAGCAUUCGAGGAUAUCUACGGCCAUCGACAGGGUAGACCUAACAUGACAAGAGACCCUAUUCAUGUUGGAGCCGUCGAGGCCAUUCCGGGGGCCAGCAACCUCACGAUGUCAGACGAGGCAAACCAUCCUCGCCAACGCAGGGCCUUGGCUCAUGCUUUCUCCAAGAAGGCGCUUGACGAACAAGAAGAUAUCUUGUUGGGCUACGUACACAAAUUCGUUCAGCGCUUGCGGGAAUAUGCCGCAGCGGGAAAACCUGCAAACAUGGUAAGCUGGUUUAACUAUUGUACGUUCGACAUCAUCGGGGAUCUCUCAUUUGGCGAACCGUUUGGCUGUCUGGAAGAAGGAGAAGGUAGCGAGUCGGCAUCAUGGGUUGUCCUUAUUUAUGAGAGCAUCAAGUCCGGCGCCAUCGAACAGGCUACCCGACGUUUUGCCUCGCCGGGAUCUCUUCUUCAACGUUUCCUGCUCUGGUCAUGUCCGUCGAUCAUCCGUGAGCGCCGUCUAAAGCAUUUGCGGAACAGCACGGAGAAGGCAGUCCGCAGGAUGAACACCAAGACCGAACACAAAGACUUCCUCUGGUAUAUCCUCAAACAACGAGAAAAGAAGAACGAAGUCAGUGACGACGAAGUCAUCAUGAACUCGGCUCUGUUCAUUGUUGCCGGAAGCGAAACCACCGCCACCCUGCUCUGUGGUGUCACCAACCUGCUGCUCAGGAACAGAGAUGUUUUAGAGAAGCUCAAAGCGGAAAUCCGCGAGAACAUCAAGACCAAGGAAGAUCUUGUUAUGGACAAGCUAGCUCAGCUUCCAUAUCUGAACGAUUGCUUGGAAGAGGCUCUGAGGAUCUUUCCUCCGGUCCCUAUCGGGCUGCUCCGAGUCGUACCUAAGGGUGGAUCGAUGAUUGAUGGCCACUUUAUUCCCGCUGGGACUUCCGUGUGCGUCAGCUCCUGGGCCGCAUCUCACAGUCCGGCGAACUUCAGAGAGCCCGACACGUACAUACCUGAAAGGUGGACGGACAAGUCUUACGAAUCCGAUGUCAGAAAGGCUUCUCAGCCUUUCUCCCUCGGGCCUCGAGGGUGUAUAGGACGCAAUCUGACCUAUGUGGAACUACGGCUCAUCCUUGGCCACUGGUUGUGGUACUUUGAUAUCGAGUUCUUUGAUGGAGCUCCUUUGUGGGAUCCUGCCAAUGAAUUUGCAGGUCUGAGAGCAUACAACACUUGGGAGAAGAGUCCGUUGAUGAUAUCCCUGACGGAUAUCAGAAAAUGACAAAGUCUGGCUUCGGGACCACACAUUCUUACUGGAGAUCAACGCGCAUUCUCUAGUGUCUGCUCAGAGGCAAUGACCAUAUUCUGACCAAGCAAGCUAGGGAGUCUAGAACAGGAGAAUUUAAGCAAGAGGCCCAGACCAAUGGUCAAUGGUCUACCAUUAGACAGAAUCGUCACUCAUGCCAUUGCUAUGAAUGAACUUGAAAGGCGCUCACGGAC